AUGGCUUCGGAGGACAGGCGACCUGAGCUCCAUGACGUGGAGAAGGUCUCGGACUCUUGCCGCGAAAACUCGACAUUAGUCUUGUCUGAAGAACAGGCGCUGGCCAAAGCACGCAGUAAUCCCGAUGACGCACUACCGAUUAUCAUUGCCUAUGCUUCGGACGAUGUCGACAACCCUCGCAACUGGCCGAAAUGGCGCAAGUGGUAUAUCACCAUUGUGGUCAGCAUGCUCAAUGUCUUCACAACAUGGUGUGCGGGAGGUAUCUCUUCAGGCGCGACGGGUAUACAAGAGGAAUUUGGUGUUUCAGCUGAGGUCACUACUUUAUGUCUGUCGCUCUAUGUCCUAGGCUACGCUAUCGGCCCUGUACUUCUGGCUCCACUCUCGGAAUACUUUGGCCGCCAACCGGUGUAUGUGGUAUCAUGGUUCUGCUUGUUCAUGUUCCAACUUCCUCUCGCCUUGGCCCCGAACAUUGGCACCAUUCUGGUGUGUCGUUUUAUCGCUGGCUGCGCCGGAGGUGCGCCCUUGACAAACACUGGAGGUAGUAUCAGUGAUUUGUGGGAACGAAACGAGAGUGGAGGCCCAAUGGCGGUCUACGGACUGAGCAGCACCUUUGGUCCUCCUAUGGCGCUGGUUGUCACUGGUUAUAUUGGUCUAAAUCUCGGCUGGCGAUGGAUCUUCUGGGUGUUGAUGGCCAUGACUGGUGGUGUCUGGAUUAUUUUAGUAACCACCAUCCCUGAAACACGCCACACCACCGUGCUCGAGAACAAGGCCAAGCGCGCGCGCAAGCAAAUGAAGAAGGAGAACCUACGCUCCGCAGAAUCGACUACCGACCUUCAUGCAAGCAGCAGAAAGGGGUUGCACGAACUAUUUGCGAUCACACUCACGCGCCCGUUCCGAUUCCUCUUUUCGGAGCCCAUCACAUUAUUUUCUGCCAUCUACAACGGCUUCUUAUAUGGCCUGGUCUAUUUGUUCAACGAAGCGAUUCCCCUUGUUUUCGGUGAGCCCAAAGGACAUCCAUUCAAUACCGGUCAGCAGGGUCUAGCCUUCUUGGGAAUGGCAAUUGGUCCUCUCGUCGCAUUCUGUUUCUAUCCGCUUCAGGAGCGAUACUACUUGCGCCGUGUCGAGGAGCAUGGAGGCAAAGGUGUUCCCGAGGCUCGCAUGUGGAUGGCUCGGUUGGGAGCAGUCUUGAUCCCUAUUAGCUUGUUCUGGUUCGGCUGGACAAGUUAUCGCUCAGUGCAUUGGAUUGUUCCGAUCAUUGCAUCCUCGUUCUUUGGCGCUGGUAUCUAUAUUGUGAUCCUCAGUAUCUUGAACUACGUUGUCGAUAGCUACCAGACUUAUUCAGCCUCGGCUCUUGCAGGCGUGAUCUUGGUGCGCAACGUUGUCGGUGCUGGGUUCCCCUUGUUUGCCACCCAGAUGUACGAGAAGUUGGACUACGAAUGGGCCUCCAGCCUGUUAGGGUUCAUUUCAAUUCUUUUGGUGCCAAUCCCAUUCAUCUUUUUCUACAAGGGCAAGGCCAUUCGCCUCCGCAGCCCGUGGGCUAGAGAGCAUUUUGACCAAAACGAGGAUAGCCCGCAUUAG